CCCUCUCUAAAUGAGACAGCCCCCGUGCUCCGUUACACCUCCGGCCAUAUUCUCCGAAGAAUGAUUAUUCGGAACUUUCCCUCUGUUUUUCUCCCCGCGAGGCAUUUUUACGGGGCCUCAACUUUUCUGGCGUGUCAUCAUUUCUGGAGUUAACGCGGCGGAGUCAUCCGAGGCGACCAGAGCCCGCUCCUCUCUGGAUUCUUAAAAAAAAACUCAGUUACAGCCCAGGAAAUGCAGCGUUUUCUCUAACCCGGAGGUAGCACUGCUGAAGUGAACGAGCGGGGGAAGAGCAUGCAGAAAUCCGCACUAAUAAAAAGAAAUGACGACGCGAUGGAAAUGAAGGUGUUCAGCCCAGGGAUGUUUAUGUUAACACAGAGCCUGGUCUGACGCUGCUCCGCCUCAUCAAAAUGAUGUUUUCUCCUCUGUCCCUCUCUCAGGAUGAGUUCCAUCCGUUCAUUGAGGCUCUGCUGCCCCAGGUCCGUGCCUUCGCCUACACAUGGUUCAACCUCCAGGCCAGGAAAAGGAAGUACUUCAAAAAGCAUGAGAAAAGGAUGACAAAAGAAGAAGAGAGAGCUGUAAAAGAUGAACUGCUGGGAGAGAAAGCAGAGGUGAAGCAGAAGUGGGCCAGUCGUCUUUUGGCCAAGCUAAGAAAGGACAUCAGACCUGAAUGCAGAGAAGACUUUGUCCUGUCAGUCACUGGGAAGAAAGCUGCGUGUUGUGUUCUGUCAAACCCUGACCAGAAAGGCAAAAUGAGACGCAUAGAUUGUCUUCGACAAGCUGACAAGGUGUGGAGGUUGGACCUUGUAAUGGUGAUCCUGUUUAAAGGAAUCCCAUUGGAAAGCACAGAUGGAGAGCGGCUUGUGAAGGGUGGCCAGUGCUCCAAUCCAAUCCUCUGUGUCCAGCCUCGACACAUCUCUGUCUCUGUCAAAGAGCUUGACCUUUACCUCGCUUACUAUGUCCAAGAGAGAGAGGCAGAGCAGAGCAGCAGUCCCAGUCGCACAGGAGUGGGCUCUGAUCAGGAGGACAGCCGAACCACCACCAUGGAUGGUCCAGAGUUCCAGGAGAGUUUUGUGACAUCAGGAGUUUUCAGUGUCACUGAGCUGGUCCAGGUGUCAAGAACUCCAGUCGUCACAGGAGUCGGACCUAGUUUUUCUGUGGGGGAGCUCCAGGGUCAUCUGGCCUAUGACCUCAACCAGUCUGUCAACCAGCCUGUUAGUGUCAGACGAUCUCUGGCCAGCACCUCAUCCAGCGGGAGUAAGCGCCAUAAGUCUGGCUCUAUGGAGGAAGAGGCUGACAGUCCGGGAGGGGAGUAUUACCACUCACCUUCCUCUCCUGCCAGCAGCUCUAGGAACUGGACUGAUGACAUGGAAGGAGGUAACAGAAUAAGAACAAGAACAGCAGUGUUAGUCGCGCCCAGAGGAGACAAAAUGGCAGUGAUUUUUUUUGUUACACACUGGAGGUGCACAUUGGAAUGAAUGCAAUGAAUGUGCCACUGCCCGUGGGCUCCUGUUCACACAAGUAAUAGCUUUUAGUGAGGGGAAAUUGCUUAUGAAAGACACUUAGCUUCAGAGACCAAAUGUGAGUAUGUUAGGUUGUCUGUUUUUUUCCAGCUGAACGGCAGCAGCCAGAUUAAAGUGCCCGGUCACUACAUCUCCUCUCAGAUGUUGGCACCUCCUGGACCAGCACCCUCCCUUGGCUCCCCAUCCUCCCUCCCCAGGCUGACCCUGCCUGCAGAGUCAAAGGCCACUACCACCUCCUCUGAUGGGGGAGCCAACUCCCCGACAUCACCCACAUACUCGGCCCCCGGGACCCCCCCUGCCAGCCGCUCCUCCUUUGUUGGAGUCACCCCUCGAGACCCAGGUGGACUCUACCAAGCCCAGUCAUGGUAUCUGGGCAACUGAGAGAACUCUGGAGGACGGCUGAUUGUCGUGGUGGUACUGUCCUGGAGGAAAACAAACAAUGUUGUCAAGACAUUGCCAAAGGAAAGAUAUAUUCAGCUUUGUAGAAGAAUAUAACAUAUGGUCGUACAUAUAUGUAAACAUACAGUGAAAUAUAUUUACAUAUGUGUACGCACCCAGAAGAGACAGCCUGGAUGGAAGGAGUAUGCUGCUCUCACUCAGCCGUUUUGCAGCCCCAGAAUGUACUAUGCUCUAAGACACUAAAUGGUUCACACAAAUGGCCACUGAGGUGAGUUGUGAUUUUCUAGAGAAAGCAGUGGAUUAAAGCAGAUGUCUGGUCGGUCCAGAUGAACUGUCGACCAGAAUCAGGCCUCAACACAUCAGAUCCUGACAAGCCUAUAACCUAACCGUGUCCCCAGGAUGAGGCCUGUUUGCCUGGGAUGGAUGUCAGCCUUUAACCCUUCAACCUGGUUCUCUACACCGAGUCCAGUGUAAGGCCUCUACCCUGGGACAGACAUAGACCUCAUCCCCCCUCAACACCCAGAAUGCCCCCUCCGCUGCAGGUGCUGCUUAUAAUAUAUGCAAAUAAGCCUCCCUUAUUUUUUGAAACAAAUAGCAAGAGAGAUCUUGCUGUUAAUAUGUAAAGUUUCUUUGCACUUUUUGAUAUGUUAUUGAUGCGUCUGAAGAAAAUUUCGAGUUGAAACAGCGCAGUUUUUUUUCUCUCUUCCCACCAAAAGACAGAGGCUUUGUCUUUUUUAUUGACAAUCAUCAGGCUGAAACCAUAAAGUUGCUUUGCGAGGCUUUUGCGAGGCUCAUGUUUUUAAGACUGAUUGUGCUUUUCUAUCAUAAAACAAUGAGUAAUAGUGGAAUAUAAGAGCUAUAUUCAUGCCUCCUCGAACACAUCUCACAAUGCUACAGCUGGACACCAGUAUAGAGUCAUCGGUAACACUGGGCCUUUAAAGGACAGAGGCCCAGUGUCCUGAGCAGAGGGCGUCUUUUUACACGAAUUUCCUGCUGCUUCCGUCCCUUCAAAUGCUGAUGACAUGACAGUACUUAUCCAAGCGGCCAAAGGCACAAUGUUUGGAGGACACAUGCACCUGCCAGAAGGAAACUGCUCAGCAGAACUGAGAAAAGACAAAGACAAGACUAAAACCAGGAUCAUGUGGCUGCGCAGCCAACUGUAAAGUGGCUGCAAAACUGUGUUUGAAACUGUAGCACGUGGUGUGUAUGUGUGUGUGUGUGUGUGU